AUGGCAUUGGUCUUCUUCUUCAUCAUCUUAUCCAAUUCUUUCUUCUCUGGAGUCAUGUCGAGGACCUUCACUAUAACGAACAAAUGCGAAUACACAGUUUGGCCGGGAAUUCUAUCGAACGCCGGAGUUUCUCCAUUACCGACAACCGGCUUCGUCCUCCAAAAAGGCGAGUCCCGUACAGUAGACGCGCCGUCUUCAUGGGGCGGUCGUUUUUGGGGAAGGACACUCUGUUCCACAGACUCCGACGGAAAAUUCUCAUGCGUCACCGGAGAUUGCGGCUCCGGAAAGCUCGAAUGCUCCGGCACCGGAGCUGCUCCUCCGACUACUCUAGCGGAAUUCACUCUCGACGGCUCCGGCGGACUCGAUUUUUACGACGUGAGCCUCGUCGACGGCUACAAUGUCCAGAUGCUGGUCGUCCCUCAAGGCGGGUCCGGCCAGAAUUGCAGCAGCACCGGCUGCGUCGUAGAUUUAAACGAUAAAUGUCCAUCGGAGCUGAGAGUGAAUAAUAGCGGCGGCGGUGGGGAGGAGGCAGUAGCGAUGGGGUGUAAAAGCGCGUGCGAAGCGUUUCAGAAGCCAGAGUAUUGCUGCAGCGGCGCGUUUGGCUCACCUGACACGUGUAAGCCGUCUUCGUACUCGCGGAUCUUCAAGAGCGCGUGUCCACGCGCCUAUAGCUACGCGUACGACGAUAAGACGAGUACUUUCACGUGUGCUAAAUCUCCCAACUACGUCAUCACUUUCUGUCCAUCUCCCAACGCUAGCCUAAGAUCAUCUGAGGAAAAGAGCACACAGACGACAACUACGACAUCAGGAAGUACGUCAUCGUCGCAGAUGGUCUACGAGGGUGGUUUGAACGAGAGCAGUGGCUCACCAUCAACGUGCGACCUCGGCUCACGUGCAAUCGCGGUCGCGCUCUCGCUUGCUCUUUGUCGGAUGUGGCGGUUCUUCUGA